AUGCUCGGACACUUGAAAAUCCGACGUGUUUAUUCUUCCGGCGAUGCAUGGGUGAGGUGCGUUCGGGCAACGCUCAUGGAAACGCUGCAGCAGACCCUGGGAAGACGUGCAUUAUAUGUUCUGUUGGGGAAAGUUACUCGAGCUCACUCGGACCAUGGUAUGGCACGGCAUGGUAGCAUUGGCCUCAUCGCCUGCACGAUCAAGACCAACAUUUAA